CCUAAAUGGAUUUUAAUUUGAUAAUCCCACUCAAGCUGUAGCGAUCGCAGUACAAGGUUUAUCGCUUCAAGUGGCACAUUGCUGGGGUCUAAGGAGUUGCCUCGUUUCUCGUUUCAUUUUAUUUCACUCAACAGUACCGAUAAGACCCCUCCGUGGAGCUCAGCAAAGCUACCGAAAUGGAAUAUUUCAGUAGCGUACCGGUUUUUAUCACGCUCUUUCUACUGAACACUGCGGCAUCCGAGGCUACCUGUGGGUUUAAGGCAUGCCCCGGCACGAAACAAAACAUGAUCAAUGUUCAUUUGGUUCCCCACUCGCACGACGAUGUCGGUUGGCUGAAAACGGUUGAUCAGUACUACUAUGGAAGUCAGAACAAGAUUCAGCACGCUGGAGUCCAGUAUAUUCUGGAUACGGUGGUCGAAGAACUCCUGAAGGAUUCGAAACGGCGUUUCAUUCAGGUGGAAACGUUCUUCUUUGCCAAAUGGUACGCCGAACAAACCGAAACAGUCCAGCGAGCUGUGAAGAAAUUGGUAGCAGAAGGACGACUUGAAUUCGCCGGAGGAGCUUGGAGUAUGAACGAUGAGGCCACGGUUAACUACCAAAGUGUAAUAGAUCAAUUUAAUUUGGGAUUAAGAUACUUAAAAGACAUUUUUGGGGAUUGUGGACGACCGAGCAUAGGUUGGCAGAUCGAUCCAUUUGGUCACUCCCGGGAAAUGGCCUCUAUAUUUGCUCAAAUGGGAUAUAAUGGCGAAUUUUUCGCUCGCAUGGAUUACGUCGACAAAAAGAAACGUAUGGAAGAGCAAGGAAUGGAGAUGAUUUGGCAAUCAAGCGAAUACCUUAAGAAUUCAAACAUUUUUACUGGCAUGCUUUACAAUCACUAUUCAUCGCCACCAGGUUUCUGCUUUGAUAUAAAUUGCCAGGAUGCUCCAAUAAUCGAUGGCGAGAGUUACGACAACAACGUGGACAAAAGAGUCAGUGAUUUCAUUGACUAUGUAAAGAAAAUGUCGAAGUCUUACCGAUCUACUCAUAUAAUGGUGCCCAUGGGAGACGACUUUCAGUACGAAGAUGCCGCAGUUAAUUUCAAGAACAUGGACAAACUGAUUAAGUACGUCAACGAUCGCCAAUCGGGGGGAUCUCAGGUCAACGUUUUCUACUCAACCCCUUCCUGCUAUCUCUACGAAUUGCACCAGUUGCAGCAAACGUGGCCCAACAAAACCGAAGAUUUCUUUCCCUACUCCAGUGACUCGCACUCCUACUGGACGGGAUAUUUUACGUCGAGACCCACGCAAAAACGCUUUCAUCGCGAUGGAAAUCAUUUCUUUCAGACGGUCAAGCAACUGAGUGUUCUGGCCAAUUUGACCAGCCCUCAGCAUGCGGAAGACCUUGAAAAUCUAAGCCAGGCCAUGGGAAUAAUGCAGCACCAUGAUGCUGUUACGGGCACCGAAAAGCAGGCUGUUGCCCGUGAUUACGAUCGUAUGUUGUACAAGGCAAUCGUUGGUGCCGAAAACAGUGCUCGCAAUGCCCUUCGAUCUCUGACCAAUCUGACCUCAGGGCAGUUUGAAAGUUGCCUGGAACUGAACAUAAGUGUUUGUGCAUUCACCCAGAAUAGUGCCAACAAUGUGGUUGUCACUCUGGUAAACCCAUUGGCUCAUACCUCAACCCAGUAUGUGCGUAUUCCGGUGGAAAACAAUAACUAUAUAGUCACCGACGAGAAAGGUCGUGAAGUAUCCUCGGAGGUAAUCCCCGUUCCUUGGCAAGUUUUGGCCAUAGAACACCGAUCGAAUGACACGCAACACGAGUUGGUUUUCCAAGCCACUGUUGGAAAGAUUGCCAACUUUUUAAUUCGUGUACUGCCUUCGCCAAAAAGUGUUGAUCAUGAGUAUUUCCCCAUAGGGAAAGUGAUGGAUGAGACCGACAUAUUGAUAGUGGAGAAUUCGCUCGUGAAACUCACUUUUGAUACAACUACGGGAGGCUUGAAAACCAUUACAAUGAAUGGCCUAACCGAAAACAUUCAGCAAAGUUUUGGCAUUUACAAGGGAUUUCGAGGCAAUAAUGGCGAAGCCAAAAACCGCUCAUCAGGGGCAUACGUCUUCCGACCGGAUGGAGGCAUUGAAAUACUGAGAAACAAGGCUGAUAUAUCCUUUUACAAUGGCACCAGAGUUAAGGAAGUCCAUCAGCAUGUGAACGAGUGGAUCUCCCAGGUAAUACGCCUUUACGAAGGAGUCAAUCGCGUGGAAUUCGAAUGGUUGGUCGGUCCGAUACCCACGGAUGAUGAGGUUGGAAAGGAGAUAAUCACUCGCUUCUCCAGCAAUAUAGCCUCCAAUGGUCGAUUUUACACCGACUCAAAUGGUAGGGAAAUGCUGGAACGCCAAAGAAACCAGCGGGAGCACUUCGAUCCCGAUAUGUCGGAGGCAAUAAGUGGCAACUACUACCCAGUGACCGGACAAAUAUCCCUGCAAGACGGCGAAAAGCGACUCACCCUGCUAAAUGACCGAGCUCAGGGAGGAGCCAGCUUGGAGGACGGAGAAUUGGAGCUGAUGCUUCAUCGACGGCUUCUGAGUGACGAUGCUUUUGGUGUUGGCGAGGCCCUAAAUGAGACCCAGUAUGGAACUGGUUUGAUUGCAAGGGGAAAGGUUCAUUUGAUUCUCGAUGUGGCAACAGAAAAACCAAAUCACGCAGAGAGACUGGUUCAGCAUGAGUUGGACCAACACUUUUGGAAGUUCUUCAGCAAAUCCAAUAGCGUACCCCAUGUAUAUAAGGACAUGAUUCCCGAUUUUACAGACUUCCCUCAGUACGUCGAACUACUUUCUUUUGAACAAUAUUCAAAGGAACAAAUAUUGAUACGAGUGGAGAACUUUAACACCAAUGGAAACGUAGUUAGCUUUAACCUAUAUCCCCUCUUCACUUCCUUGAGUGGUUACCAGAUUUGGGAGACCACUUUGGAUGGAAAUAUGAAGCUGAUCGAUAUGAAGAGAUUCAAAUUUAAUCAAGAUGGCUCUGGUAGUAUUCCUUCCUACGUUGAAUAUUUCUACGCUCCACAUAGCCCGAUGUCGGCUGAUUCUACGAUGGAUGCUUCCGAAUUCGUUGUCACACUGGUGCCAAUGCAAAUUCGUACGUUCAUCAUCCUACAAAAAACUAUUUCAUAAUGAAUGUAUCAAACAAUUGCUUUCCCAAAAUAAACCAAGAAAUAUUGAUUAAAAACUUUA